AGAAGAUCUGGAAGUGUGUGUCCUCUGCGUAGAGAUGUCAAACAUGGGCGCAAGAGUAGCACGCGUAUUUAGGAACUUUAAUUUAGAAAAUCGUGCACACCGAGAAAUAAGCAAAUCAAAGCCUCGAGUAGCACCAAGACAUCCAACAGAAUCCAGUGUUCCUCAACCAGAUACAGCAGAAGACAUUCACCUGAAGAAUAAUCCACUGCUGUCCAUGCUGAAGGAUGUGUAUGUGGAUUCUAAAGAUCCUGUGCCUCAGGGUGAACCGGUUGCUGUGGUUAAGCAGGUCAAGCAGGAAACAGAGCGCAGGCUGCUGAAGUUCAGUCUACCGGGUGACCCCUAUGGUAUCUGUGAUAUCACUGAUGUUCCAAAAGGCAAAUUGUCCAUCGUAGAAGCUUUAACUGCCCUAAACAAUCACAAACGCAUGCCUAAAACAUGGACUCUGGAGAAGCUGGCACAGGAAUUCUCUCUCGACAAAAAAGAUGCCAAAGCACUGACAGAAUUCUUUAUUCCCUUUGAUGUCAAAAUUAUUCCACCAAAGUUGGAGGAGACUAAACGGAUCAAGGCUUCUUAGCACCCAUAUGAACUCUGUCAUGUAGACUCGACACAUCUUGGAAACACGCACAAUGUGUAAUUGCCUAAAUACAUACGUUUUGACAUUCUGAUUGUACUGUGGUCUUAUUAUUUAUUUCGUAGGGCAUUUCAUCUGUCAUUUUGAUGUUUUCAGGACAAGACUGAUUCCAACAAGCUCUAAGUUACAGGUAAACGUCCUAUACCGGUAGUUACGCUCUGCUAUGCAGCACUUGAAUACAUUUUGUUAAUACAGUACUUCCUUGCACUCUUAAUUUUCUGACUGUGGCAAAUGCUAAAGGGAUUAUUUACCCAAAAAUGAAAAUUCACCCUCAUGCCAUCCCAGAUGUGUAUGACUUUCUUUCUUCUGCAGAACACAAAGAUUUUAGAAUAUUUCAGCUCUGUUGGUCCUUAUAAUGCAAGUAAAUGGUGACCAGACCUUUGAAGCUCCAAUAAGCACAUUAAGGGCACAUUUAAGUAAUUAUUUUUACCAUACACUUUCAGAAUGUAAAAAAGGAAUAAAAUAUUGGUCUCACCCACUCUUAUCAUAUUGCUUCUGAAGACAUGGAUUUAACCACUGGGCUCUUUUGGAGGGUUAGGUAAUGUUUGUACUGCAAUUCUUUAUUUGAACAUUCAUACAAUAAAUAUUGUAAUAAA